AGCGUCCCUCAGUGUCUCCUCCAGAAGUCUCCGUCCUCUCCAGUCAGCUGCCACGCUACAGGUUUCUACCCUGACAGAGCCCUGAUGUUCUGGAGGAAAGAUGGAGAGGAGCUUCAUGAGGACGUGGACCUCGGAGAGAUCCUCCCCAACCACGAUGGAACCUUCCAGAUGAGUGUAGACCUGGACCUUUCAUCAGUCCCAGAUGAAGACCGGAGGAGGUACGACUGUGUGUUUCAUCUCUCUGGUGUGGAGGACGACAUCGUCUCCAAACUGGACAAAGCAGAGAUCAGGACCAACAGAGAGAAGCCCACUGACAUGACCGUCCCCGUCAUCGCUGCAGUGGUUGUUCUCGCUCUCGUCCUCCUCGCUAGUGUGAUCGGAGUCCUAGUUUACAGAAAGAAGAAAGGUGAGACACUCAAACAGAGAGAUUGCCUCAUUUCUUUCUCAGUAUCUAGAUUUUAGACUUAAAAUGAAUCAUUUGAUCUAGAC